AUGCUAGAAACAAGGGCCUUUGCAAAUAAAGUCAGACAAAAAUCAUAAUUUAUUCUGCCCUUAACCUAAUUUCUUUGGAUCUACAAUGUUGAUGUUUAAGGGGAAGAAAGUCCAAGCAAUUUCAUAAUGCUAAAUUGGACGAUAAGAAUGUAUAAAAGGAAGGGUGUACAGUUGAAUUACAAGAAUAGUAUCAAUCUAUAAAGAGAUAAGUUUGAAGUUUGCAUUUUAAUAAGUGAUGAUAUGAAAGACAUCACUAAUAAAAUAAUAUAUAUUAAAAUUAUAAUGAAUUCAUCAUCUUUGAGUGUAAGUGGAAUUUCUGAUAAAGCUUAAAUCAUCACUAAUAAAGAGAUCUUGGAAUAAUUUGAGAAUGGAGGUAUGAUUAGAAUUAAACAAUUUAAUAGAAAAAAUACUGUUGUCUACAUUGAUUAUAAAAGUGAAUCAGAACUAAAAGAAACAAGAAAGAACAUUCUUAAUAACUAAUAAAUACGUAUACAAUAUUGUUCCGAAGUCUGAUAGUAAGAUUAUGUAAAUCUUUGGUAUUUUCAUUCUUUCUAUCAAUAAAUAGGGAAAAUUAUGUCAAAUCAGAUCAAAAGAAAAAUUAAAUUAUCUUCAAUUUAGGCAGUAAGUGUUACAAGUCUAGGGGCAGAAUUCGUCAUUCAUGUUCCAAGUGAAUAUGACUAUCGCUUCUAAUCUUCUGAUUAGUAAUAACUCUAUUAAUAAUUAGUCGUAAAUAAAUCCUAGAAACUUUGUGUUAAUGCUAUUAAACGUACAAUCAAAGGAAAUUGCCAUUCUUCUUUAAGGAUGAUUUUACCUUGGUAUCUGUGUGCACAACCGAGAAUGAUGUAAAAAAAGGAAUUAAAAGAUUUCCCACAGAAUAACCUAUUGUAAAUCCCAAAAUAUAAUGAUUUAGGAAUUGGAUGUGAAGGAGUUGAGAGAACAUAGUAAUAGGAAGCCAUAAGAAUAAUUGAUAUAUAAACGGCCUGGCCUUUAGAAGUAAAUCAGCAGUAGUAUGAUUUCAAUUGAAGAUUUUGAUUUGAUUAAAGUAUUGGGAAGGGGAGCAUUCGGAAAAGUAUUUAUAUUUGUACCCUAUUUUCAUCUAGGUUAUGAUGUGCGAGAAGAAGGAUUCUAAAGAAUUGUUCGCCAUUAAAUCAUUACGUAAAGAACACAUCAUGGACAAGAAUUAAGUAGAGCAUACAAGAGCAGAAAGAAAAUUAUUGGAAGAAAUUGAUAACCCAUUCCUAAUUUCCCUUGAAUAUGCAUUCUAAACUUAAGAAAAGUUAUUUUUUGUAAUGAGAUUCAUGCGAGGAGGAGAAUUGUUCAAACACUUGAGAGAUAAAAGAAGAUUUCCAGAACAAACAGCCUAGUUUUAUGCUGCAUCUAUAUUAUUAGCAUUGGAAUACUUACAUAAAAUGUAGGUUGUUUAUAGAGAUUUGAAACCUGAGAACAUUUUGAUGGAUGAAUAUGGUUAUAUAAAAAUGACUGAUUAUGGACUGGCUAAAUUUUUGAAACCAGGAGAUUUUACAUAUUCUUUUGUAGGAACUCCUGAAUAUUUGGCUCCAGAAAUCAUUAGACAAAAUGGACAUAGUCUUGGUGUAGAUUGGUGGUCAUUUGGAAUCUUAAUUUAUGAAAUGCUAGUAGGCAGGCCUCCAUUCUUCUCGUAAAACUAAUCUUAAUUAUUUAAAUCCAUUGUUGAAUCUGAUGUGGUGUUUCCAUCUCAAUUGACUAUUAGCAAUUCAGUCAAGGAUCUCAUAACUAAAGUAUGUUGCUUACAUUAAGUAGCUAUUAACAAAAAAUCCUUUUGAAAGAUUAGGACAUAAUGGAGAUGCUUAAUAAAUCAAGGAACAUCCUUGGUUCAGAGAAUAUCCAUUUUAGGAUUUGAUUAAUAAAAAACUUUAAGCUCCUAUAGUUCCUAAAUUGUAUGAUAAAUUAGAUGUUCAGAACUUCGAUUAAGAAUUCACGAGAGAAGGUAUUUUAAAUGAUUCUUAUUUGUAGAGGCCAUGAAUUCAGUAGUUAACAUGGAUCCGAAACUGAUAGAAAAGUUCAAAUAAGACUUUGGAGGUGUCACCUAUGUGCCUAAUAACAUGGGAUUGCAAUGA